AUGGUUAAAAGAACUUUAGGAUUAGGUAAUCUUGCAAAGGUAAAGAAGCAGAAGUUGAAGGAGGAAAAAAGAGCUGCUGCUGCUGCUGCUUCGAAAGAGGAAGAAAAAGAAGUAGAGGAUAACGAUGCAAAUCAAUUGAGUGUUGCACUUCCAGAGGAAGUGGAUGCAAAUGAUGAAAUAGCUCAGCUUAAGGGACUUUUCAAAACUUAUAUUAAUUCAGAGCGAGACGAUGAGUUGAUAUUGAACGGAAUAAUACAUGAGUGUGAUAGACUUUUGCGUAAACAGGAUGAGGAAAAAGAUGACAAGAAUAAAAAUGCAUUAGGACCAGAUUUUUAUAAAAUUUAUGCCAUUGCUCUAAGUGAAUUGGCCAAUUUCCACACGGACGAUAUCAAACAAGUUGGGGAAUUUUUUGAAGCAGGUAUCGAGAGAGUUGAAGACGGAUUGGCAAAACAUCCAGAUAAUAUAGACUUGCAAUUUACAUUAGCUAAAAUUUCCAUCAAUCAAAUCGUGUUGCAGUAUAUUUCGCAGUUAAGCUUGGAAAGUAAACUUGAGGGUAAUGAUAUCAAACGUAAGCUUGAUAAGGCAUUGCAAGUUUAUGAAUCGGCUGAAGCAAAAGCAAAAGAAUCAAAUAACUUUGAGGCGUUUGGCAAUGAGGAGUAUUUUGAUAUCUUGGAAGCGGUAGAUGAUUUAUUGGACAUUGUUGACAAUUUUGGUAAAGAUGUAGAGGACGAAGAGGAUGAAAAGAAAUCAAAGGAAGUUACAGAAGAAACAGAAGAAGAUGAUGAGGAGGAGGAGGAGAAGGAGGAGAAGAAAGAAGAAGAAGAUGAUGAUGAUGAGGAGGAAGUUGAACUUGCAGAAACACACCCUCUUUAUGCCAUCAAGAAUACUGAUGAGUAUAAUCAAUGGUGGAGAGACCAUACUAUUACAUACUUGGAGAAUUUAGAUAAAUUGGCUACACCUUCCCCAACUUUGCGCAAACAAUUAAACCACCGCUUAGGACAGUCCUAUUUGAAAGAAGCAGAAAUCCCAUGUAACGUAUACACAACCUUGAAAUACGACGAAGAUUAUCAAGGUAUUGAGGAAUUGCAAGGGUUGACUUUAAAAGAGUCUAAGAAAAUUGCUCAGGAUUUGAUGCACACGGCUUUGGAAUAUCUCAAGCAAGCAGAGAACAAAGAGGAACCUGAAAGUUGGGUCGAUAUAGCUGAGGCAAUGAUUUCCUUGGCCAAUUUAUACGAUUUGGAGAGUGAAGAACAAGAGCUGCUUUAUAAAGAUGCUGAAAAAUUGUUGAACAAAGCUAAUAAUGCUACAAAUGGGAAGUACCAAGAUGUAUUGGAUAAUUUUUUGCAAUAA